GCGUCUUCCGCCUACGGCGAGCGGCGGGCGGCACAAAAGGCCGGCGGCGGCGGGAGGCGAAGCACAGCCCUGCCCCGCCAUGGAGGCUCGGGGGCUGGUGAGGCAAGAGCCCAAUGGUCAUUCAGAAUCUGAAGUGGAGGCAUCUAGCACACCAUCAGCUGUUGAACCAUCUGAGGACCAGACACCUACAGUUGAAUCCCCACUGUCACUGGAUGACUUAUCUGGGGUUGAAACACCAGCAUCUGCAGAGCAGCCAUCUGUAGUGGAAUUGCCAGUGUCUGCAGACCAGCUGGUGGUUGAGAAACAAGGAGGUUCUGUGGACCAGUUACCUGUUGUUGAAUUUCCCACAUCCAGGGAAAACUCACGUGAGAUCGGGUUGCCUGUGGGUGAACUGCCAGUUUUCAAAGCUGAGAUGUACAUGUCUGGCUCCACACAGGCAAGUGGUAAAACACCCAAGGCUGGGUCAUCGGCAAGUGAGGUCAAGCCAACAGAGAAUACAAGUGAAAUAUUGGAGCAGCCAAAGGUGUAUGAAGACCCCUUUGAAGUCUCCAUUAAGUACAUGGAGAAACAUAAUAUUCUGCAGAUAUUUCAGGAGAUCACAGAAAAACUGGUCUACCAGAAGCCCGAUGACCCCUUGCAGUUCAUGCUGCUGCAGGUACAGUCUAUGAUAAAUGCCAGGCAGGCAGAAAUGGAGGGAAUAUUGGAGGAGAACGAAGAUAUGGAAGUGUUUCUGGAAGAGGACUCAUGCACUCCUUUUGGUCCCUACUGACCUUGCUAUUGUGGUAUUGCAUGGGGCCUUCACAGCACCAUACUUUUGUAGUCAUUGGCAGUAACCUGGAAGAGGUCUGCUUGUAUUUCUGUUUCCUGAUUUUUCUGUUCUGUAUGCUUGUGUUUCCCCUUGGGUUUAAAUACUGCAACCAAGUAUUGGUUUGGAUGCACAAACUCAAAUCUUAAAGUGUGCAGGGACCUGGAUGCACAUAUGGCACAUCUUGAAAAGGCAGGUCUGCUGAACUCCUUUGCAGUCUCCGCAUACAAAUGCAUAAAUCCCACAUUUAGGCCACCCCUAGAUUCUGCUUUUCUGUGCAGAGAAACCUCACAGCUCAGACAAUGCAAGCACAGAAGCAGCCCAGGACGACACACAGUCCUCUCUUUUUCUUGCUGCAGUGGUGGUUUACUGUCUCCCGCUAUGCAGCAGCGCCAGUGCCCAUCUCAUACUUUGAGAGGCUGGGUCUGUGGCUUUCCUGCUGCCCUCAGAGCUCCUCUGAUGCAAGAAGCUGUCUCUCUGCCUCUUCCAUACACUGGGUGCAGCUGUCUCACCCUUAGCCAUCCCUGCUGGGUUCCAAUCACUCUGCUCUUUGGGGUUGCCCUGCUUGUAUUGUUGCAAGUACAAUGUAUAUUUUGAUAAACUGAACAGUAAAGCAACAGUUGCAUGCACACUCUGUGGCUUCAAAAGACAUUGUCACUCAGGAAUGUGAGACAUGAAUAAAACUAAACAAACCAAACCCAAGCAUUAUUAGCCCUGGAAAUUCAAAGUCAAGGUACACUUUGCAAACACAUCAUUUGAACUGCUUUUGAUUCUCAGAAUACCUACAGUUCUCAUUUUCAUACUAUCCAAGUGUCUGUUUCUACCCUGCAAAGAAAGUUUGUCUUUUGUUUUCUUGUCUCUUGCCUGGAGAUUAUUGAAAAUGUGCAACAGAGCAUACUGUUAUUUUGGCUUCCAUUUCAUGUGUAUGUGCAGUAGAUGCCAGAAAGUUUUUUGUCACUACAGACUUUUCUCUUUUUUAGGCAAGUGCUCUAAUUUCCUGACGGGUGGUAGUGUAUUCCCAAAUGACUGUCUCUAUGGCUAUGAAGAAAGCACUGUAGAAACUUAUCUUCCAUAUAUCUAAUUUCAGCUAAAAGCCUAAUGAUUAGGUUGUAUGAUACUCCACAGCAGAGCUUCUGCCCAAAAAGUUUGGGAACAACAGAGGCAAGUAUUUGGCAUAAAAAUUAUGUGUCUGAGAAGAGUUGCCUUUCUAUCUAAGAUUCUCAAAAAAGAUCAGUUAACUCGUGUGUUUCCAGGUUAAAGGCAGGUAAGCACCCCUGUCAUUUACAGGGCAGGAAGAUUUUCAGGCUUAUUGUGAGCCUAAAGAUGGCUCAAGAUUCAGAUAAAAUUUUCAUGGGCUUUGUAAGAAGUUUGAUCUAGACUCAGGCAUCUAGGUCCCACUGAAGCAGUGAGAUGCUUUUGAAAGCCCUACUUUCUGCAGCAACUGGAAGAAUCAGACACUUAAUGAAACAGAGACUGGUUGUUUUUCAGCCUGAUCUAUUUUUGAUCAAGAAUUUAUAAGCAGCCUUGUGCACAUGUGCCUUGUGAAUGUAAGAGAAGCGCUAAUGCACCUCUGAGAAACAGGGAAUGUAUGGAAAAUGAAGAUAGUGGCUGAAGCCUUUUCAUCUCUAUGGUGACUUGUCAGCAUGUUUUCCCAAGAGACAGACAAGUUGACGUGUCUUUGAGUUUUGUUGCAGAACAGGAUUAGGGUGCUUUUGAGUACAGCCUUAGCUGUGAAUUUCCUGCUUCUAUCAUUUGUGUACUGUAUUUUUUUGUUCUCUUUUACUUAUGAGAAACUUUUGACUUGUAAAAUGUUCUCGGACUAUAGGUGUGCACCCUCAACUUCAUGUCAGCAUUAAGGGAGUUAUGCAAGGAAAGAUCCUUAAUUUCUCUUUCAGAUAAGUUGAAGUGAGCUGGAAAAUAGUCUUCUUACAGAUGACAGAAGUUUUGCAAGAGAGAGUUCCUCAGCACUCUCAGGGACAAAAUUUUCCUUUGGUGACCUGGCCACCUUAUUGCUGCGUGGUAGCAAGAACUCCUCCCCAGUGCACGUAGGAGAAUCGAUCAGACCUGAGCAAGGACUUUGACCAGAAAUCAUGGGGAACUCAUCAUGAGCUGAGGAGAAAUGUCACCUCCUCCUCCUCCUCAAGCCUCUCAGAUGAUUGGAUUGUAUUUUGAACACCAGUUUUUGCAGGAAAAAGUCCAGGAACUUUGUUUAACAGAACCAAAAAAGCAUCUUCCAGAAGGGGUUCCGAUUAUUGUGUUUAAGCUAGUGUUAUACAGCUGUCCUUUUUUAUUUGCUUCAGAAAAAUACACCUUAGCUCUAGAAAAACCCUACCUCACAUUAAGGCACUAAUGCACAACUGCUGUUUGUGUGUAUGAAGGUUUUUCUGUGGUGAAGAAAAGAAGAAAAGGUAGGUUUAAUAUGGCAACAUUUACUGUAGUCUUGAAUCCAGAGUGACUGUCUCUUUUCCAUAAUUUCUUUCCCAAACCAUUGGAUCCGUGUUUCUUCUUCCUAAGUGGGCAUUUAUCAACAUGACGUUAAACUGUCAUUAAAUUUCUUGCCUUGGGUGCUCUGAAGGAAUUAACAGUUCACUAUGUGUAACGAAAACCAUUCCAUAUAAGUCCUUAUAGCACACUAGUCACAGUAUAUUUGAAUGUCCUCCAGUUGUGUGCUAAGCAACGUGACUAACAUCUGUUGUUUGUUCUUUCUCCUCUCCAUGAGGGACAUGUCUGUGCACUGAAGUGCAUUCUUUUUAAAAGGGUGUUUUGUUUUUUCACCCACACCUGUGUAUUGCUGUGUGCUGCUAAUGGAUAGGGGGUAGGUCACGGAGUGUAAGGUGGGGAGGUUGGAGGUAGUUUGUAGUUCUCAAGGGUGUUUCCUUCGUAGUUUGAGCUGGGCACCGAGAAAGCACAGUAUUUUCACAGCCAGGAUUUUUUUGUUGACCCAUGGACUGGCACAGAAGCGUGACAUCCAGUUCAGCUGCCAAAUAGCAUGAUCUUACGGUGUGCACACUGUUUCUGUUGUGAACCUUGUAUCCCUCCCCCCCCAGAAGCAGGAUGCGCAGGGACCAACUAGAAAGAAAGUGUACUCACUGUGAAAUAGGUGUCUUUUGGAUCAAAACAUCAGUUUUCUUUUUCUACCAUCUCUGUACAGAACUUAAAAUGACUCAGAUGCCCCAAGCAAUACUAAAGUUGCC